CUCUCUCUCUCUCUCUCUCUCUCUCUCUCUCUCUCUUCUGAGUUUCAAUUCUGCUCUCUCUUCCUCUCUACACGGAGUAGCAAUUGCACAACAUGAAUGGGUACAGAGAAGACAACUCCUCCUGCUAUUUUCAUCCCAGAGAAGUUGUUGUUGGGGUUUGUCCACUCUGCUUGAACGAGAGGCUUCUUGUCUUGGCUGCAAAACAAGGUCACCACUCAUCCGCCAGAGUCAGCCACAGGAUUCAUGGCCCUGCCACCAAGAAACCACCUAUCAGCCUCCCCAACAUCUUUGCUGUUGGCUCACUUCUCCACCGUCUGGAUUUCCGGCAUUCAAAACCCAAUCCUUCGGAUGAACCUGAUACUUCAACAAGUCAAGAAGAUUCUUUUAUUUCAAUCAAGUUUGAGGACAACGGCAUGGCCUCAUGGGAAAAAGGCACAGUUUCUAAGGUCUCUCUUGAGCAUUGCAGCAUGUCUUGGAAGCCAACUUUGACCAAGGAGACCAGCAAGGGUGUGAUAGACCAUCCAAAGCCCCAAGCCUCGCUUAGGUGGCGAAAGCGGAUUGGUCACCUCUUCCAGCUCAUCAAAUGGAAGAGGUCCAACAAGGGCACUGUGUGCCAUGUGGGAACCAAGGUUGAGGGAGUCAAAGUCAGGAAGGGUUGGAUGAGGACUUUCACAAAGAGGACCUAACAAAGAGUAAAAUAGGAUUUGUAUAGAAAAAGGAAAGCGUUUCCUCCUUUAUACUCAUGUAUGUUCUGGGGCCUCAUUGCAGACUGCAAUGUUACUGAGAUGGUAGAUUCAAAAUAUACUUUUACCAUUCUUACAAAUUAGUGCUUUGGCUUAUAAAAGUUAAUUGGCAUGUAUGUCACUUUUGAUUUGGGUGAACAUUGAAAGGUGUAAAAAGGGGUUCAAUUGUUUACCAUGUGCUUGUCUGUAAAGUUCCCCUAACAAAGGUUCAUACCUAAU